AAUAGAAAGCAAGAAAAAGAGAGAUAAAAGAAAUAAGUGUUAUCCUUAUUAUAUUGAUCUUCUAUUUCAAUGGGAGAUAGAAAAGGAGAUGUUAGAAUAUAUAUAAUCUCUUGUUUUUUCUUUGCAUGCACCAUUGGAGGAGGAAUCUUCCUUAGCUUGUACAUAUUCCUACCAGAAUCUGAAUCUGUAACAUGGCAUCUCAUUGCAGGCAUGAUAUUGGUUGCAAUUCCAUGGAUCUCUUGGUUUGUCAUCUUUUUAUAUAGAUGUAUUAGACCUAUUAAUGUUCCAUUUGAUGAACACCGUCUUAAUAAUGGUGCAAUUUGGACACCAAAAUCUUCACCAGCUGUUACAAGUCCUAAUGGUGCAAAAUCCCCAGCUCAUUCCCCUGUUGGUGGUGGUCGCGAGCGCUGCGUUCAAUUCGGUCCGGUUGUGGAGAUGGGGAAUGGAUUUCAUGGCGAUGAUGGCGAAGGUGAAGAACACCACCACAAUGAAGAUUUUGUUGACCAUCAUGAGUCCAAGGAAGAACAUGAAAUACCAACAUUGAUAAUGGUUGAGCACUAGUUUAGAGAGAAAGUGCAAUGACAUUAUAAAAUCUUCGUGCAUGUCAACAGUAAAUAUGACAGAAUCGAAGUGUAUCAUCGUUGACAACAUUACAGUAAAAUCAGUGUUAUUGUGAUUUCGUCAAAUUCACUGAUAUUACAAACAUGCAAUUGUAUGCAUGGUGUGUAUAUAUGAUAUGAGAAUCAAACACAAGGGAUGAUGGACAUUUAGUUGAAUUGAUGCAUACACCAUACAUAUGCAUGCAUGGCAAAUAGUAAUAUUCACUAAGGUGAUAUUAUAGGAGUUAAUUAGUUGGUCAUGCAUCCAUGAGAUAAGAUAAUUAGGACAUAGUGAUGAGAUAAAUUAGAUGAGUGACUCAAUGAGGCAUCAUAAGCUAUAUUGUAGAAAAGGAGCAAAGUGCCAAGGGAUGAUUCCACACCAACAUGAAUGGUAUGAGUCUUUGAGUAGUAAUUCUAAAGAAACUUGACAAGGAAAAAGAUUAUGAAUUGUGAUUCUCCAUGCUAUGGAGUUAUAUGUAUUGAUUGAAUGAUAUAUGGUGGAAAUGAUAAUUAUGUGAGAAAUGGAAUAGACAAAAAAAAAAA